AUGCAGGGUCUGCCAAGGUCUCUUCCCUACUCGCGCAGGACCGUCUAAUGUCGUUCGUUCAUCCAUAAUGAUUCUCGUGCUCACGGUACUGCUUCCUGAUGACACCAGUAGGCACAGAGAGAGAGACGAGGAGGAGAUGAGCAUCCCUGUCUCUGUGCUGUGUGGAUUGUUCCUUCUCUGCGUCAUACUUCUUUUCUUCCUCGACGAGUGCCCUCUCGUACUGCCACACGGUCAUGCCCUUGGCCCACUCAGGCCGCUCGUCCUCAUCAUCAUUCUCGUCCUCCUCGUUGCGACGACGCUUCUUCCCACCAUCUGCCAUGAGAUCUGACGUCCACACAAACACACAGACAACGGCUCUUGGCGUGAGUGUCGUGGGUCCAUCUCAAGAGUGCUCUCUGAUCGCACCUCUCUUCCGCUUCUUGGAGCCGUUGCCGUCUCUGUCGAGGCUCUUGUAUCCGUGGUUGAUGGUCUGUCGGCAUGCCGUUCUGAAGGGGAAGAAGUCGGUCAGAGACGACUGCACCAGGGGCGUCUUCGGGCCACGACUGACAACACACACAGACGGACACAGACAAAUCGGUGAGUGUCCGGUAUAUGGUGCUUUUGUGUGUCGCUUACACGCGUCUGAAGUACUUGGUGAUCUUGGGAGUGGUCGUGGCUGCCGAGCUGGCCGUCGGCAGCGUCCUGCAGUAGCAGGCAAUGAAGCGAUGUUGCACUCGUCGUGUCGUGUGUGCCAGUGCAUUGGAUCGCUCCGAAGUAUGCUGCACAGACAAUACAAUACAGAAAGAGACAGACACACAGACAGACAGACACACAGACACACACACAGAGAGAGAGAGAGAGACAACAGAUAGGGAGAGCAUGGCAGGCAGUUCGUGUCUAGCUGUCGCCCAACCUGGCCUCUGUAAAUAAUUUGGAGAGGGCCUGGUGGCGAGUGGGUGUGAUGGGCUUGCCGAACACCUUGUUGUAUGGCAGCGGCUUGCCGCACAGAUGAUCGUUGAUGUCCUUCUCCGUGUAGCCCUCCAUGCCGUCAUACUCGUCACCCUCACCGCUCUCUAUCUCUACCUCCACCCCUCUCUCCCUCAGUUGCUGCCUCUCGUUGGCCUUGCUCUCGGCGAUGGCCUGCCGCUCCUCAUACCACUGCUGCUCGAUCUGCUCUUCGUUGUCCCACAUGUCGACAUCGAAGCGGGCGUCGCCACCCCUAAUGUCCAUCUGCCACAGCUGGCGGUUCCACACAUAGCGACGGCUAAACGGCAACACCUGCACAAUGACGGCAUCAAUACAGCCGAUCAAGGGGACGGAGAUGGCCUUCCGUGUUGGUGUACCCACCUGUUGGUGUCGGUCUACGGGUACGGUCUGGUCGUUCGUCGUGCGAUCCAUCACCCCCAGCACGCUGAUCUCGGAGUGCUUGGUCUGCUCGUGGCGGUUGCCGUCAUCGUAGUGGGUCUCGGGGUCAUCGCGGUCCCACUGCUCGUCCAGCAGACUCGCACCGCCAAACAGAAUGACAUCACUGGACACACAACCGAAGCCAUUCAUCUCUGUCUGCGUUGCGGGUGCGUAGCCGUGAAUGUGUACUCACCUGCCCGUCCACACGGCAGCUGCACACGCUGCAGGGGGCGGCUCGUAGGGCUUGUAGGGCGUCUCGGGAGCGGGCCGUGGGGUCGUGCCGGCGGGUGGGGCUGUGCCACACAUCUUCUGAGGCCGCGUGGCGAAUGCCGGCUUGCUGAAUCGGCCCGUGGUGAUGUCGAAGAUGAGGGUCUUCAUGCCUCCGAACCUGGCUCCGAAAUCAGCGUAGUUGGCGUAGGGCAAGUUGAUGACGAUCUUGUCACCUGCAAGUAAACACAGAGGCCCACACAAAAAAAGGCCAGCAUCUCUUACUCCGCCGGACUGCCUGCCUGCCUGCCUGCCACUGACCUGCCAGCACAGCUGUGUGGCGAGCAAAGUCGCAUCGGUGGCCCUCCGCCGACGCCAAGUAUGAGCGAAGUGCAUCUGACGACAACACAACACGACAACCUGCGCUACGAUGGCCAACACAUGGACGACAGUUUGUGCUGACUGACUGACCAUCAACCAGCGGGAAAGUGCCCCUCGAGACCCACGGCAGACAGCUGAAUAUGAUCCACCUGCAAGCAAUGAAGAUAUAUAAAGGCACUUCCAUAGACGCCACGGAGGACACGCGAUGCAUCAGACGGAUGACUCACGUCUUGCCUUCUCCGUCAAAGAUGUUCAGCCGCGGUGGCGACGCGAAGCCCAUCGGCAUGAAACGCUCUGAAGGUCCGUACUCGCUGUCAAACUCGUCAUCGUCAAAGUCAGAGUCAAUCUCAUGGUCCCACUCUGCAGGCACGCAAUCACACACACGACGCCAGCACUGUCAAUUCGAUCGACAUUUUGUCCUGCCUGCCUUACCCUCUCCGCCGAUAAUGAAGACAUAGCGGUCCUUGACGAGGGUGGCCGUGUGGUUCAGACGGGCUGUCGGACGGGGGCCGCUCACAUUGUCAUCGCUGACACGGACACACAGACAGACAGACAGACAGACAGCCAAGAUGAGAGCGGUCGUGGCGGCGAAUGGGGGUGGGGGUCUCUCACCUGUUGUUGAAUGACCAGGUCGCCACGUCGACGAUGAUCGAGGAACUCAACGCUUCGCUGGCCGAACCAGAAAACGCUGAAGGGGUCGUGCCGGUGCUGUCAGGCCCCAGCCACCGUACCCGUAUGUGUUUUUGCCACCGAUGAUGAAGAUGUAGCCAUGUGGGUGAGCGGAUGACCGAAUGGGCACACACGUCGACGUGAAGAAGCGACUGUAGCCACAGACGCAGGAAGGAGUGAGUCGGCGGACAUAUCAAGAUGCAGCCUGGACACACACACUCCAUCUAUCCACUUCGGCUUACCGAUUCAGUGGCGGUGUGCUCUUCUUCUCCUCGCCCCUCAGCUCCGCCUUGCUCAGCCACUGGUGCUGAUACGUGGCACCCGCACCACCCUCCUCGCGAUUGAUCUCCAGCACACCCCAGGGGUUGUCGGUGUCGCUGCCUCUCGGCCCACCAGCCGCAAAGUAGCGUUUUGGCCACUCAGGUUGGGUGUGUGGUGCGCGGAGGGGAGGUGCGAUGUUGAGAGGUGUGAGGGUGAGGGCAUCUGAUGGGCGGGGAGCGACGCCAUCGACGCGACACCUCUUCCACUCGUACUUGCCGCCCGACACGAGGGAGGCCAACGACACACUGGGAGGGAGGGAGGCAAAGAGCAAGAAGUCGGCAUCCAUAAGUGGAUACGCGUGUAGCUUUCGCCUACCGCCAGAGUUUUUUGGAGAGGCGGUUCUCGCCCUUGCCUCCAACCACCCCACCUGAGGGACACACCGACACAGGGGCAUCAAUCAGGUGCCUGACUGACUAAGUAGGGCUUCGUCCUUCUCUCAGUGUCCUCACUUACCGAACACAUACAGACUAGGGCCAGCAAUGAAGAUGCUCGAGCGGCUGCGCUUCAUCCCAUCUCUCGGCUUGAUGCACUUGGCAUGGCCCCACCGCAGCUCACUCACCUCGGCGUUGGCACCGAAGUCCUCGACGACUCUGCUGCGGCGAUAGGCCUCGCGGUAGUCCCCCUCGGGCAGAGGCACGUACGCGGAGGGGUUGCUGACCGACUCACGGGGGAAGUGGGCGGAACUGCUGAUGAGUCGAAUGUUGCCCUUGCCCCUCUUGCCGAACGAGCGAUGGUACUGCAACACAUUGGAAUGGUUGGGCGCAGCUGUAAUGGCGUGUUCGUGUGUGCCUACCUGCAGCCGCCAGAUGGCCGACGAGGGGUCGGGAUCCACCAGGGCCUUCAACUCCUUACACACUGCACACACAAACCAUCCACAAGAUCGGCAGAUCAACUCAUGGACUAUCUGCAGCGUGGCGUGCGGCUUCUCUCCAUCAUGCAGCCUCCCCCUCCCUCCUGUGUGUUGUGCUGUCCUGUGCUGCGUUUCUGUUCUGUUCACCUCUCUCGAGGAUGAAGAGGUCGCGUCCGUCGACGUAUGGAAGCGCAUACGGGACAGCUUCGCUCAGCGACGUGGCCGCCAUCUUGAACACACUCCAGCGAGUACACGAUGUUUUUCGGCGACCACUGCGAGCUUGAACGCAAGAGGGGGUCGUUCUUGGGGGAGAGGCAAGAUCCAGACCAGGUGGACGGACACCAACCUCCCG